GCUGAGAUGAUCAUAACCUGAUCAGAGACUGUGAACGAUUGGAAGACCGUCUGAUUUCUGUCAACAUGUCCGCUAUAUUAGGAUCUUACAGACUCGCUCAGAAGAGGAGGGCUGAAAUGUUAAAGACAAAGAAAAAACAGCAGGAGACUAAAAGAAGUUUGCAGGCAAAACUAGCACAGUCUCAAGCCGAGGCAUCGGCCAACUUUCAGUAUUCCGACAGCAAUGGUGGCGCCCAACCGACAGGCGCCCCAUUGUGGGAGGACCCGGUAUAUGACGACUCACCGUUUUCGCACGAAGUCAUAUUCGAUUCGGAGUUUUCAGAAUGGAAGUUCAUGUAUGGCCCGUCUGAGGGCCAGGAAAGCCUCUACGUCGUCAGACUAUACCGACGUGAAACGAUUCUGUACGUGAAUGGCGAAAAACUGGAAUCAAAAGAUUACACCUUGGAGGAACAAAAGAGCAGAGGUGUGAUAAAAAUGCACUUCAUGGUUGGAAAGUUUAAGUGUCAGAUUAUAUCGUCUUUUAUUGAAAAACCGAAUGACCAGAAUCAGACCCUCAUCUUUAACGGAAAUCGCAUCCAGUUUGAAGAAGAUGCGUUUGAGGCCGAGUAAAGCUUGGAUUGUCUGAAGAGGAUACCUCUGUAUUGUGCCUGUGAUAAAAUUACUCUUUUCUCUUAGAUUUGAUAUUAUGUAUUAAAAAUAUACCUUCAAUUCAUGUUGACAGUCGACGUGUCUAUUACGACAUGCUUGUCAAUAACGACAUUAUAUUGUAUAUUUUGGUAUAUGCCGGAUUAACGUUCGCUGUCAUUGCUUCUUUUAUUGGUAUAUACCGUCCGUUUUAAUAUCCUUCGCAUUUCUUGAACAGAUAUAUGUAAUACAUACGGAAAUACAUUACAAUAAGCUUCAUUGAAAAUCUAAUAUCACAAGUGCAAUUUUCUUUUCUAAAUGCCGUUAGCCGCACGUUCAAGCAAGAAGUUAGCAAAUCAAUCUUUAUUGUGAUGCCAAGCGAUAAGUAUAAAUUAUUUGAUGAGCUACGGAUUUUCUACCUGUGUAUUACCUGUGUAUGUUGACACACGUGCACGUUCACAUUCUCAAAGUUUAAAUUAUAUUCAGUAUAUAUUGCGAAAGUUUAGAGAAUAGAGAAGGACUGAGUGUUAACUACAAGGGUCAUUUACAAAUAUUGUUUUAAGGAAUAUGCACUUUUUUGGUGCGUCUUUAAUUCAAUUAAAUAUGCCACCGAUUUCCUGAUUCUUAGAAAUAAACAGUAUACUUUCCCUCAACAACCCAAAGUUUAUAUGGUUAUAAACUUUAAUAUCAACAUAGAUUUUAACAGAACUGACGAUGAAAUCGCGAAAAAAAUGCUCUAAGGAACCUAGAACUAGAGAAGAGAAGAUUCCAGUUGUAUUUAGAUAACGAGAUUUGGAUUUCAGUUUGGAUUCAGUGUGAUAACCAUCCAGGCCGACGUAAGAGCUGAUAGUUUAGUAUCAAGAUGCUCGCAUUAUUUGUGUUAUAAGUGUAUGGUAAACCAGUAUGCUAAGUCGCAUUCAGGAACAUUUUAUAGUUUCUAAUUGAACAAACUCAACUUUCUUCAUAAAACCCAUUUAAGUUACCAACGUUUUUCAGUGGUAAACAUAUACACGGUGAGUAUUUCCAUUAUCUAUGAAAUAUCCAAGUUGAAGUAUUGUUAUGGUGUGUUUUGCUUGUGUACCAUGCACAUUCAUAAUUUGCUAAACGAAAGCCACGUGGAUUGUGAAAGGCAUAUGUGUACUUUUGAGUUUAUGUUUAAUAUGUAACACAAUGGACAUUCACCACCUUCUUUCAAACACGCACAUACAUGUACAAGUUUUAAACAAAACGCAAGCCAGCGACGUUAUCCUUGUCUAAGAGACUAGUUAAUAUGAAGUGGGAAAGAUUUGCAUACUUGUUAAAUAAUAUUCAACGUGCAAGGUUUAGGUACAUAGGCUAUAGAAUAGCAUCAUUUUCUGUUGUAAUGUAGUUUUGGUGUGAGUUGAAUACAACUAUUAUUGUCUGUGUAAAAUUUCUUUCAGGUUCUUAUUGUUUUUCCAUUUUAAUACAAUUUUAUGUCAUGUGUGUUAUUGGAGAAUUUAUAUAUUGAAUGUUCCUGAUUUGAGAUGUUUUAGUAAACUUGUUGGUGAAUAAUAUUUGUUAAUUGUAGUUUGGAAUGUUUUAGCCAGUUAAACAAUGCAUUAUCUUGUUUAAAAUGCUUUAAUUCUCUCACAUCUACCUACGAAUGAACGCUUAUGUAGCAUGUGUGUGUUGCAUGCCCAAACUCGGUGAUAUCUAAUUUAGGAAAUACAUUAUUUCUAGCUUCACAAAGGAUAUGAAAAAAACAUUUUUUUUUAUCUAAAACUGUAUGUGGUCUGCUGAGAUGUUGAAUCAUUUCAUCGUCAUGUGACAUUUUACGUCAGUAAAGUGUCGUUUUGAUAAGCAAGACUGCCAAGCACAUUUGGAGGUUGACUUCUUCACCAAUAGAUUCAAACGAUUUAACGAGCUCCAUGUGAAGUUUUUGCAGACUACUUUAGUUCUCAAGUUAACCAUUGUUCAGCUCUUCCAAACGAGGCCUAUGUAAGUUUACAAGUAAUUAUAACAAAUCUCUCUUUAAGAUUUAUUUUUUCAUUGGAAAUAUCAGUAUGGCGCUUUUGAACGACAUCCCCGGUCGGUUGUUAAGAAGUGGGAAAACCACGGUUGUGUCUGUAAUGAUUAAAAAACCUUCUCCUGAAUAGGUUUCAAUAUAUUUUUCAAUUAAUGAUACGGAAAUACUCGUAUAUCUGCAGACACGUGAAAAGAAAGACACAUGCAAAUUUGACAUACGUCAUCAUUGUGCAAAUGAACCUCGGUAUGAUCAUUUCCAAACGUUUAACAACAGAUAGUUCAAUCAACGAAAUAAUUAGCCUUUAUAGUGUAAGUCCUUUUGAAUGUACUUACAGUUUUAAUAUGUAGUGUUGUUUUUUUUUAAUAUAAAACGAAAAUAAUAACAUUGGUCUGAAAUACAAUCAUGAAUUGUUACUUGGCAAAAAAAAUCUGUUUUUUCUUUCAUCGUAUUGGGACAUUUAAAUUUAUCUAUUUUGUUUCGAACUUAAUAAAAGCAAACUAGGAUUCAGUGAAAAAUCAAUUAUUUGAACGCAAUAUGAAUAGCAUAUAUGCUUUCAGUGAUGUAAAUAAAUGAUGAAAAAAUUGAAAUUAAAAUCGAUGUAUUUCGCUUGAUUUUAUACGAGAGCUUUACCUGUGAUGUAUGUGUGACGGUAUGUGUACACUUGUAUGCAUAUACAACAGGUCAUACCAUUGGCGACAUUGAUUUCCAUACAACUGAGUCUGCAUACAGCUUAGUGUCGUCGGUACCUUCACACACGCAUUACUCGGACCUUGAUUGUUUAAGCCUUGUAUUGAAUAAUAAAAAAAAAAUCUUUCUCAAUAUUGAAUAUUGUCUUGUAUAUUGAUAUACCAGGACAUGUGGUGGCUUCUAUUGUAUGUUAUAUUACUGUGUUCAUCUUAGACUUCAAGAUACAUUACACAUUUCUUUUCCUUGAACAGUAAGUUUCUAAUUAACUGUUGUUUAUAAAAAAAAUAAUGCGAUUUCCUAUCUGCUUAUGUUAUUAAAUUUGCUAAUAACAUUACUAACUCCCUUGAUUUCGUUUGAAAAUGAAAGAAUAUACGUCCGAUAUCAAUAUAAUAGAAAGGAUACUGCAACACAGGGAAAAUAAAAUAUCUCUAGAACAUUCAAAAUUUGCAAGACACAAUCAUAUUCAAUAUAUCACUCGACAUUUUUGUCUGGUUGAGGCAAUAUUUCAAGUAUCUUUUGCAUAUAUUCACAUAAUAAUGUCACUAUAAAACAGAGAAGCUCCUUUAAAAAUGUUUUGAAACCCAUUAUAAAGCAUUUCAGGUUUGCCUCAAAUAUUCCAUGAAAUUUUCCAGUUCGUAAUAUUUGAUAGCUACACGUUUCACAUUAACUUUGUGUUGGCCACAUGUGCAUUAUAUUUUAUCGACUCUUGUGUUCGUGCAUUUUAAAUCUGAAAUAUUUUAUUUUAUAAAUGUUAAAUAUAUUGUUUUAGAUGAAAGCUUUACAAAAGUUGGAUACAUUUUUAUUGAAUGAAUAUAUGUCAUGAAAUAAGUUUUUUACUCAUCUUUUGUUAUCUUUAUAUCAUCCACAUUCAUAUGCUCCGAUUUGCUUUUACAUUUCUCUUUCCAUUUAUGCAAAUAAAAUGAAAAAGACAGUCACGAAAGUCAUUCGAAGUUAACGUACACUAUGGCAAUGAAUUAAAGUUAGUUUGAAAAAGUCUGAUUGUAAUAAAAGAGUUUGAACAGUUUGAAAUAUUCUUCUUACUAUGGUCUACUAUAUAAACCAAAACCAAUUUAAGAACAUUUGGUAACGUAUGUAUUAUUUAUGACAAAUAUAGGUUGUUUAGCAAAUUAAGAUAUUUGUCGUAUUUUUUUAAAUAUUUGGAUUUAAUUAAACCAAAAUAAGAUGAAGAUGUAUCUUAACUUGCUAGCUAUAUAGUAUAUUUAUUUAGAAAAAAAAUAUCACAGAAACUAUUUCUUUCUUAAUUAUUUGUCAUAGUACAUUGUAACUCCUUUUGGAGUUCUGAAAUCGGAUGUCUGCAUAACCAUCGAAUUUAAUACCAAUACAACAAAUACCUAUUGAUGUUUGUGGUUUCAUACAGGACUGGGGAGUAAUGGCGAGUUGUGAGUACACUCAUGUUGGUUUUUGAUCACCAUUCAUAUGUUAUUGUGUUUUAGGGACGCCGUACGAAGUUAGAAUUGUUAUACAUUACAAUCUAGAAAGUAAAAUGAACGAUACAAUAAAAGUAUUGUAUACACA